AUGAUCAAAAAUAGAGGUUCAUCAUCUAAUAAAACAUCUAAUCCCUAUGCACUUUAGAUGCAAGAAGAAGCAAAAAAAAUGGCAGAAAAGUUAGCAAAACUAAAAUAAAACUUGAAUUCAUAAAAGAUGGAAAGAUCACAAAUAAGUAAAUAAUCUGGAGAUAUGUCUGAAAGCUCAAGGUGGUAAAAUAAUACAACCCCAAAUAAUCGAAUUCUUAAGGAUAGGCCUCCUUCAAAUAAGUCAGAACCUAUUGAAUCUUUUUUGAAAUCGAUCAAAUUGGAUACUUAUGUCUAAAAGUUUAAAGAGAAUGGAUUUGAAGAGUUGGAUAUUCUUUUUGACAUUUAAAAGGAAUAGCUACAACAAAUGGAAAUACCAUUGGGGCACUAAAUUAGAUUAAUGAAAAAAAUCAGAGAACUCAAAUAAUCAGUAGAAAUGAAUGAAGUAAUUAUUCAAAAUGAAUCUAAAUAUGAUGAGUUGGAAGGUAUACUUUUGAAUAAAAUAGAACCAUUAAUCGACUUAAGCUUCACUAACCCUAAAAAAAGAUCAAGCCUUCAAAAAGAAAGAUAAAAGAGUCUCAAAAAAGUCACCUUUAAAGAAAAUGAUGAUUAGAAAGGAUAUUUAGGAGUUGAAUAAUCAUUUCACUAAUCCUUCAUCUUAAAUGAAUUAGAAGAAAUAUCUAAUUAUAUGCAACAAAAUCAUAUCGGAGAAAUUUAAAAUAUUGAUAUUGAUAUAUAAACUAACAGUGAGUUAGAACAAAUUGAUAAUAAUUUUAGCUCUGUAUCAGUUUCUAAAUAAAAACCUUACGAUGAAUAAAAUGUUGCAAAACUUAGGAUCAAAAAAGCAGCUUGCUGGAAUUGCUUUAAAUUAUUAAUUAAAGACUAUAUAGUAUUAGAAAGCAAUGAGUUUUGUAGCUAUUAAUGUUAUUAAAAAUAUAACCAUUUGUAUCUUGUUUAAUGUGUAAGUUGCAGUAAAUAAUUUGAUAUUAGAAAUGGAGUGCUACUUAAUGGAUGCAGCUUUUGCGACGAAUAAUGCGCUUAAAAAUAUGAUUUCUAAAUUAUGAAGGAUAAUAAUGAAGAAAUUGAGAAACAGUUCUUAGGUUCCAAAUGCAUAAAUAUACAUGAUUAAUCUUAAAGUUAAUAAAGUGAGGUUGAUUUAAAUUUUGAUUGA